AUGACGGACCCGAAUGAAGUCAAGGUUGAAGCCCUCUUGGGCAUCAUCAACUCCUCAGCACGCGAAGCAAUGGCGGAAUACAAGAACACCGGACACGGAGUCCCUGAUAUCGAUGCAGGCACUUUCCACCCCCUCGACCUCGCGACGGAUACACUUGUCCUCAGAAAGGCAAUCAGGCUGCUCGAAGGUGCAUGCGAGCAAUUGAACACAAUACUAGCUCCACCCCAACACACGGCAUAUAAUGCAAGUUCUGUGAAUAAUUACAAUUGGGCGUGCAUGGACGUCGCCGCGCAAUCAUGCGUCGCAGACGUCUUGGAAAAACACCCGGAAGGUCUUAGUGUGGACGCAUUGGCUGACGCAGUCAACCUCGAUAAGAUUAAGCUCGCACGCGUCCUGCGAUUUCUGUCCCUCAGGGGUUGCUUCAAAGAAGUCAAGCAAGACGUAUUUGCAAACACGCGACUCUCCCUCGUGCUCAAGUCAACAAACAACGUUGGGUCUUGUAUACGAAAUCACCGAAGAUGCCCCAAAUAUGCUGCGGUUCUUUAUGAGACUAUGAUCGAUCAAGAGUUUGCAAGAUCGCAUACUGUUGAAAAAGCCCCUCGAGCAUUUCUUCUCAGAACAGAAGGCAAAACCAAAAACUUCUGGGAAAUGGACGGUAAGGCACGCGAAAUAUUUCACAGGGCCAUGUUGGGCCAUUCUGAGGUCCAUGGUUCGUAUGCGGUGCUGCAUUAUUACCCUUGGGACAAUGUAUCCUCUAUGGUAGAUGUUGGAUCUGGAACCGGCACAAUAUCUAUUCCUCUGGCGAAAAUGUUCCCUCGCCUCAGAAUAACUAAUCAGGAUCUUCCAGAAACUCUAAAGCUGUCAAGAAAUAUAUGGGAGAAAAAUGCUCCUGAGGCGUUGCUCGACGGGCGUGUAGAGUUCGUGACAUUGAAUUUCUUGGAAGAGUCGCCCGUUGUUGGAAAGGAUGUUUAUUAUUUAAGGGGCAUCAUUCACGACUGGCCGGACGAUGAGUCAAGAGUAAUUCUCCGUAAUAUUCGCAAAGUAAUGAGACCAGACAGCCGAGUAUUGAUUCACGAUUACGUUCUCUUGCGCAAAUUCGAAGAGCCUGACGUAGGGGCUAACGACUUUAGUGAGGCUCCCGAUCCUACAUUAUUGAACUUUGGUAGUAAUACAGCACACCAACAUGACAUGACUAUGUGGCUUCUUUUUAAUGGCAAGGAGCGAACCUUGAACGAAUUCAAGAUCAUUGGGGCCAGUGCUGGUUUAGUACUCACCCAAACCUAUGAUUUCGUGGGGACGAUGCUCUUGGAGUUCAGAGCCGCCGAGGACUGAUGCUGAAUACAAUCUGUGGUGUAUUGUUGUUGUACUUUUACCCUCAAUCGACCAUCAUGAUUUAACCGAGAACGACAAAGCAAACUUAGUCCUCUUUGUUUUCCAAUUUCUGUCCUUUUCAAAGUGAUCCUCUACGCAAAUCCAC